AAAUCAAUUUAAAAUACGAAAAUGCCAUCAUCUUCUAAACGAAAACACGAGAGUCUCACGUUCUCUACGAGUCUACUUUGUUGGGGCCUUGGCCUGAGGCUUCUUCUGUUAAUGGCCUACUUCGACCUGCUGUUACAGAAAUGCACGUCGCUUACUCACAUCAAGCAAGUCCUAGCCCACCUUAUAACCACUGGAAUUUUCCAAUUUUGCCCCUCCCGUACGAAGCUCCUGGAGCUCUGCGCCAUCUCCGUCGCUGGGAACCUCGACUACGCAGGCGAGAUUUUCCGGCAAGUCGAAAAUCCGGUGACUAACGACUGGAACGCCAUUAUUCGAGGUUUCGCACAGAGCAAUGAACCCAGGCAGGCUCUCACACGUUACCAAGCCAUGUGUAGCAGGCCCCAUAAACCAGAUGCUCUCACGUGUUCAUUCGCCCUCAAAGCCUGUGCACGUGUGUUAGCCCUUUUAGAAGCCAAGCAGAUUCACUCCCAGCUCGUUCGCUUCGGUUUCCGAGCCGACGUCUUGUUAGUGACGACUCUACUAGAUGUGUAUGGGAAAUCGGGUGACCUAGACAAUGCACGGAAACUGUUCGACGAAAUGUGUAUUAGAGAUAUCGCUACGUGGAAUGCCUUGAUCUCUGGCAUGGCACAAGGGAAUCGACCGAGUGACGCUUUGGCUCUGUUCCGCCAGAUGAGGGGGGAGGGGUUGAAACCGAAUGAGGUUACUGUCCUUGGUGCACUUUCAGCUUGCGCGCAACUAGGCGCUUCGAGAGAGGGCGAAACCAUCCAUGGGUUCGUGCGGGAUGAGCAGCUGGACAUAAAUGUGCAGGUUUGCAAUGCAGUCAUCGAUAUGUACUCUAAGUGUGGGUCUAUUGACAAGGCAUUGGAUGUUUUCAAUUCAAUGCGCUGCGCUAGGAGUCUUGUGUCAUGGAAUACCAUAAUCAUGGCACUUGCGAUGCAUGGCCGUGGGUCUCAGGCGCUUGAGUUGUUUACCCAGAUGCGUCACACCCAAGUGGAGCCCGAUGCAGUCACGUACCUUGCUGCACUUUGUGCGUGCAAUCAUGCAGGGCUGGUUGCAGAUGGGCGUAGGUUGUUUAACUCUUUGCUGGAGUCCGGUUUGACACCCAAUGUUAAGCACUAUGGGACCCUGGUGGACCUCCUUGGUAGAGGAGGGCAGCUUGAAGAAGCUUAUCAAAUUAUAAGAUCAAUGCCCAUGGUCCCAGACGUUGUCCUCUGGCAAACCUUACUUGGGGCCUCCAAGACUUAUGGGAAUGUUGAGAUGGCAGAGAGAGCAUCUCGAGCUCUUGUGGAGAUGGGAUCAAAUAGUGAUGGUGAUUUCGUGUUGCUAUCAAACGUUUAUGCUGCACACCAGAGAUGGGAUGAUGUAGGAAGGAUCAGGGAGGCAAUGAGGAAUAGAGAGGUAAAGAAGGUACCUGGAUUUAGCUUCAUAGAAGUGGGAGGUGUGGUACACAAGUUUGUUAAUGGUGAUCAGACCCAUUCAAAUUGGCGGGAGAUCUAUAGGAAAUUGGAUGAGAUCAGUUUUAAGAUUAAGGCAUACGGUUACAUGCCUGAGACUAGUUUUGUGUUGCAUGAUAUCGGAGAAGAGGAGAAGGAGAAUGCAUUGUCUUACCAUAGUGAGAAGUUGGCCGUUGCUUUUGGCUUGAUUAGUAUGGAUGAUGAGACGCCAAUUCACGUGAAUAAGAAUCUUAGGAUAUGCGGGGAUUGUCAUGUUGUAAUCAAGCUCAUUUCUAAGAUUUAUGAUCGUGAAAUUGUAGUUAGGGAUCGAGCUCGGUUUCACCAUUUUAAAAAUGGGGCUUGUUCCUGUGGAGAUUAUUGGUAGGUAUUGUUUUUAUACUUAUUUUUAGCAGAAAUGAAAAUGUAUUGCUUGAGGUAGUUGUGAAAA